AUGAGGCGCGACCCGGCGCCCGGCUUCUCCAUGCUGCUCUUCGGCGUCUCCCUCGCCUGCUACUCGCCCAGCCUCAAGUCGGUGCAGGACCAGGCGUACACGGCCGCGGUGGUGCUGGAAGGCAAGGUGCAGUCCGUGGCCCCCCCCGCCGGCGGCGGCAAUGACAGCCGCGGCGCCGCCGGCCCCGCCGGGGGGGUCCUGGUCAAGGUGCUCGACUUGUGGCCCCUCAACAGCGGCGGGCUGCAGCGGGAGCAGCUCAUCAGCGUGGGCUCCAAGGCGCCCUGCUUCAAAGUGAAGCGCAACCACCGCUACAUCUUCUUCCUGGAGCCCACCGAGGAGCCGCUCGUCUUCCGCACCGCCUUCGCCCCGCUCGACACCAGCGGCAAGAACCUCAAGCGGGACGUGGCGCGGAUCCUCUGCGCGGACUGCGCUGUCCCUCCCAAACUGAAGAAACUGAAGAGCCCAAAUGUUCACGUUGGUGAAAAGAUUUCACUGAAAUGUGAGGCAACUGCUGGCAACCCUCAGCCCUCCUACAAAUGGUUUAAAGAUGGUAAGGAGCUGAAGAAAAGCAAAGACAUCCGGAUCAAAUAUGGGAAUGGCAAAAAGAUUUCCAGACUGCAGUUCAACAAGGUGAAGCUGGAAGAUGCUGGGGAGUACAGCUGCGAAGCAGAGAACGUUUUAGGGAAAGACACCGCAAAAGGCAGCCUGAAUGUGAAAAGUGGAACAACGAAAGCACCACAAGUCUUACCAGCCUCAGAAACUAAAAUAGUUGUUAUGGAAGAAGAGUUAACUACAACUCUCUCCUCCUGGUCUGGGCAUGCUAGAAAAUGCAACGAAACAGCCAAGUCCUAUUGUGUCAAUGGUGGGGUAUGCUACUACAUCGAAGGGAUUAAUCAGCUGUCUUGCAAAUGUCCAAAUGGAUUCUUCGGACAGAGAUGUUUGGAGAAACUGCCUUUGCGAUUGUACAUGCCAGAUCCUAAGCAAAAAGCUGAAGAGCUUUACCAGAAGAGAGUUUUAACCAUCACUGGAAUCUGUGUUGCCUUGCUUGUUGUGGGCAUUGUCUGUGUGGUAGCAUACUGUAAAACCAAGAAACAACGAAAACAAAUGCAUAAUCACUUACGACAGAACAUGUGCCCUGCCCAUCAGAACCGAAGUCUUGCAAAUGGGCCAAGCCAUCCACGUUUGGAUCCUGAGGAAAUCCAAAUGGCUGAUUACAUUUCUAAGAACGUUCCUGCCACUGAACAUGUGAUCCGAAGGGAAACAGAGACAACCUUUUCAGGAAGUCAUUCCUGCUCCCCAUCUCAUCACUGCUCCACAGCCACUCCAACUUCCAGCCAGAGACACGAAAGCCACACGUGGAGCUUGGAGCGGACAGAGAGCUUGACUUCAGAUUCCCAGUCAGGGAUAAUGCUGUCCUCCGUGGGAACCAGUAAAUGCAACAGCCCUGCAUGUGUGGAAGCUCGGGCCCGCCGUGGGGCCGCAUACUGCAUUGAGGACUCGAGGAGGCCCAUGAUGCAGUAUCGGGAUUCUGUGGAUUCUCUGCGGGACUCACCACACAGCGAGAGGUACGUGUCGGCCUUGACCACACCAGCACGCCUUUCGCCCGUUGACUUCCAGUACUCUAUCGCUGCGCAGGUGCCCACUUUUGAGAUCACCUCUCCCAACUCCGCGCAUGCCGUGUCCUUGCCCCCGGCAGCCCCCAUCAGCUUCCGUGUGGAGGAACAACAGCCCCUCCUGCGACGGUACCAGGUCCCCUUCCAGGACAUGCAGAGAUACGACAGCUAUUACCAAAGGAAGACCUACCUAAAUGACAGCAUGGGAAGCCUGCCCUCCAGCCCCUUCCGCAUCACGGAGGAUGAUGAGUAUGAGACAACACAAGAGUAUGUCACAGCGCUAGAGCAGCCAAAGAAAACAGCCAGCAGCAACAGGCGGUGGAAAAAAUCCAAACUGAACGGGCACAUCUCUCACAGAGCCAGAGCAGUCCGGGACUCAUUCUCCUUGAGCAGCGCCUCUUACAGCGAGUCUGACGAGGAGCUUGUGGCCGAGAGCACCCCAUUCCUAAGCAUUCAGAACAAUGACGCAAUGAACACAGAUUCACCCCCGCUCUAUCGGCCAGGUGACAGCCGGACUUACUAUUCCUACAGCAGACACAGCACUCAUGGGGAAAGCGGUCAGAGCAGCUUGACACACACGACACCCAAACAAGAUCCGGAUCCUCUCUAGAAGUCUCACAAACUCACACACCCACAAACACACCUGUAUGGAAAAGGCUGAGAAGGGAGACAAAACAAAUAAAUAAAUAUUUUUAUUUUAUAUAAAAGAGGAAAAAAUAUAACAAAUAAAAUGUUUUAUUUUCAUUUUAGCAAAGUUGUCUUAUAAUAGCUACCGGCAAAGACUUUUUUAUAGGGAAUCUCUAUUUAUAUGUAAUGUCUUGAUUUACAGCUUCCGAGAAAAAAAAGUAAAAAUAAAAAAAAAAACAAAGAAACAAGAACAAACAAUAAAAUUAAAAAAAAAGGUGGGCCAAUUUUUGACUACUUAAAAAUAGAAAAUAAAACUAUCGUGGUGCCUUUUGCUGUAUGCUAGUGCUGGGAUUCAUGCCGAGGAUUCUGUUUCAGUAGCAUUUUUAAGAUCAUAGAUUUUUUGGGGGAGAUGACAUGUCAUAAGGGCGCUUUUCCAUUCAAAGAAAACAGCCUCUCCACUUUGCCCCGUACCUUGCUCUUAAUGAUCUUAUUCUUUAUGGUAUCAUUUAAGCACUCACUGAGGACAUGAGUGGGAGCGUUUCCAUUACCAUGUCUGAUGGGGAUCUGUCUUGCCCUGUAAAAUACUUGUGUAUUUGCUUAUAUCAGGAGAAAAAGAAACACAACAGCACCAUACUGGAAUGCAGAAAUAUUGUUUCUUUUGCAACACAGGUAGGAAAAGAAAAUAAAAUCAUACAGUAGCAGCAGUCCUUACAAUAUAGCUCUCAACCUUCGGCCAUUUCAUUCCUGGAUCUGAAGUUAGGCUGAUUCAGUUUGGCACAGGUUUGUAGUCAAAUAAAUAAAACAUUUAAAUGAAUGUUGUGAAAUAAUAUCUGGUUACAUAUGGUUGAAUCCAGUUCAUUGAAGCCAACAUUUAUAGAUAAAGGAGAUGGCACUAUGCAGUGAUCCCAACAAGGCGCUCUCAAUUUGGCAGACUGGUUGAGGUAUCAUAUGGGCUGCAGCGCUGCAUAGGCUGCAUUGCCAUAUUGGCCAUGGUGCCAUACUGGUUGUGGUGUCUUAUUGGCCAUGGUGCUGAGUGGGCCAUGGUGCUGUGUUGUCCACAGUGCCAUAUGGGCUAUGGUGCCAUAUGUGCUGCGGUGCCAUAUGGGCUGUGGUGUGCGCCAUGGUAUCAUAUGAGCUGUAGCGCCAUAUGGGCCAUAGCACUGUAUCUACUGCGAUAUCGUAAGUACUGCCAUCAGUCCAAGGUCAGGCAGGGUCCUGGGGAGGACGGUGGGCUCUGCAGGCUCUGUGGUGCAGAGGCAGCUGGUGGUACAGUUGCCCAGCCACCCCUGAACACUGCUACGAGGCAGCUGCUGGCAGUGCUCCCCUGGCGUUUGGCAGGAGCUGGAGCACUUUUGGCUCCACUAGUAGCCACUGCAUUGUCCAGGAAAGGCAGCAGGCCCUACAUGAGGGAACUCAGUGAGUGGAUUCUUCUGUAUCACUGUGCGGUAUAUUGUAAAGACAGUUGUUAUUGUAAUGCCCCUGUGUCCCGUAAAAACUUUCCAUCGACGAUGGAUGUUGUGUUUCUGAACUUGGAGCAGCUCUAGCCAUUGGGUCUGUGGCGCAAAGAGACAAUCCUGCGUGUCCAGGUAGCAGAGCAUCCCCCGUGGAAGCGCCCCUCUCUCCUCAGUUCUCUGCAGCAAACCUGUUUACAUUGUAGCCUGACUUUUUUCUUUUUAUAUUUUUACUUCUGCAUGUCCUUUGCAUUUCAGAUACUGUAGAUUGGAUGCAUGGUGAAGCUGUGACUGAGAAGAUAAUACAACAAUUGACAGUGUAUUUCAUUUAACUUUUAGCAAUAAAGUAACUAAAACCCCUAUUCCUCACCCAUGAUGGGGUCAGAUAGAAAACUCUGCUAAUUUGUCAUAAGAUGAUUGUCAAAGUUUGCUCUGGAUUGUCUGAAUGUCAGAACUCUUGACUGUUUAACACUUGAACAUUUUUUUAUAUUAUAAAUAAAAUAAGAAUAACAAA